AUGGAGAAAACGGAUGUUCGGAGUCGGACUAAACCUCUCCUCCGUAGAGUUAUUUUAACUUUAUUGUUAGAAAGUGGACUUGAAAUACAAGCAACACUAUGGGCUGAGCAAGCAGAACUAUUUGAAGAUAAAUAUCACGCUGUGGAAAGUAAUAAUAUUGUUCUCAUCAUGACAAGUGUUUUGGUCAAGACAUAUGAAGGUGUAAUAUGUUUGUCGGCAUCUUCUGGCACUAAAUUCUAUUUGAAUUAUGAUUUCAAUUCUGUUACUGACUUUCGAACGAGUUUCAGCUAUGAUGGUGGCUGUUUGGUUAAUCUAGACGAAAAGGUUGAAAUUCCUUCAAUGAAUAAUGAGAUUUCUGAAGUUCGGCAUUCUAUUAAUGAUAUUUGGGAUUUCAUUGCAUCUCAUAUCCCUCAGAUUAGUUAG